AUGGCCCGCCUCAGUGUCGAACACUACCGCGCCAAUGCCACCAUGACGCCAGAUCAUGUGCGCAAGUCCAGCCGCUUCCGCGACAUAUUUCGAUCGCGUUCAAGCAGCAACAACUCCCUCGUAGACACCAUGACUAGAUCUUCACCAGUGAAGAGUCCGCUCUCCCCUCCAACGUCUCCGACAUCACCCACCAUCAGGCCUGGGUUCGACCAAGUUGGACUGCUGCCCAGCGAGCAAGAACCCAUCAGCGACGUCAAGCAAGCUCUUCAGGAUAGCGGAGGCUGUCGGGUUGCGCAAGCACUCGAGAAUCAAGUGCGAGAUUUGAGAGGCGUUAGUGUUCCGCACAAUCUGGACACUAGACUUGACAUGGCAGGCGUCGGUACUACAGACGAAGCGGCUAAGAACUUUCAAGAGACAGAGAAGACUAGGGAGGUUAACCAGAUCGCUGAAGCGUUCAAAGACGCGAUGAUGGAGAACAAGUCUCAACGCGCUGAGGGUGUAGUCAAGGGUGAGCCGAUGGAGAGCGUGGAUUCCGUCAACAACAUCAAAGAUGUUCCUCUGCGCUCACUUAGCCACUCCAAGAGCCAAGAAGAGCUACGAGAGAAAGGUCGCGACAGCGCGUUUGGCGACUGUGAUGAGUCCGAGACACCAAGGUUUGCCAUUGGUACACAUGGUAGAUAUCUCCAAGCACAGUCAACUGAUCGAACUGACAUUUCCACAGUCACCAUCGACGAGAAUCAUAAUCCAAAGUCAGGCACUUCCCUAGAUCCUGAAACUACUAGCUUCGACGGACGAGACAGGAGCCUAGGUUUACAACACCGACAGCCGAAGUUCACCUUCCCUUCCGCUACCGAUCAAGACAAGCGGCAUGGAAGAGCGAUGUUCACGUUCCCGGACUCUGGAACCUUCUACAAUGCUGACAGCGAUAAAGAAGGUAGCGAUACCUUCUUCAACACAAGUGAGGACGGCGAUCGCCGUAGCACAGGCUCAUCCUUCGCAUCCAACAUCUUCGAUGGUGAAGACAGCCACAGCCAGGGUAUCCGUGAAUAUGUCGCCAGCAAAAUCGCUGAGUCGGAGCAUGUUCACAUGCAGGACACCGCCGUCGCAGAUAUUGGCGCUGAUUCCAUGGUUCUCAGCUUCCGCGCGGAAAUUAAGCAGCGCAAGAAUCGCUCCGAUAGGUUUACUGACCCUGCCCGAGCCGGACGUAGUAAGCUGUUCGGUACUCCGAAGGCGGCUGGCAACAUGAUUAUCAAGGAUAUCGCUCUGGCUUCCGUUGCACAGCUUGGUGUUGUCAUGGUCUACGUCUGGGUCGCACUCAUUGUUCUGUUCCGUGGACCUGCCCACCAUGACUUGUUCCUCGACCCUUUAGAGUGGAUGAAGGACAUUGUGGUCGAUCAGAUUGUUCACGUGGCCUCAAAGGUCUUCGAGAGGGUGGUGGUGGUGCUUGCCGAGACCCUCCGUGCGGUGGCUGAUGAUGUCAAGGUGGAGCCAAAGACAGAGUGA